CUCUGAGUCUUCCUGUUUUCAAUACCUGCAUCUUUACUCUAAGAACUCAAUGUCCAAAAGCGAUAAUGUCUAACAGCCCUGGGAGAGCUUCCUUGGUUCCCUCGCCUUCUCUACAGGACGCCGCGACCGGUUCCAGAAAGCUCCCAUCACGACAAGCUUCACCAAACGUUGUAGAGCAGCAAGCUAUAGACCCAGAGCCGACCGAAUAUGUCGAGCCCGACAAUGCUCAGCUACUACCGCCAGCGAACUUUGCCCCAUUCUUCACUGUGAUUGAAGACACUGCUACAGGCGAGCACUAUCACCCGUCCGUACAUUACAUAUUCUCCGACGAUGACCAAGAAAUCAUCACCGCGGCCGCGAUGCGCGAGCUUGGAUACGACGAUUCCCACGACGAACCGCAAGAAGACGACCGCUCCGACGCCACCAUAACUAUCCUACCUCCCACACAGCCGGGCGUCAAAGAACGCUACCUUCUGCUGGACAUCAGUCCUGACGGUCAGACAGUCGCGGAAACACAGAGCAUGAGUCGGGACUGGCAGGUGACAGACACGGAUGUGUGUGCGGCACCUACGUGGGACGCAGAUUCAGGGUCGGGAAACAGUGCUCUCAUGCUCAAGAUUGGGGGCGUGGAAAUCAGCCAUUCUGAUGCGGAGAGCAGGCCCAGCGCAGAGACCCUGCUUACGGAGGCUCGGAACGAGGCUUCUGGCGAUCUUCUGGCGGCGCUCGACAGCCUAUCUGCACGAUUCGAUAAAGAGCUUGGUGCCUUGACCAGACUUUUGGAUGAUGAACCGCCAGUCGAGGCCACACGCGCCGAAACACAGGCCGGUCCCUGAGAGGGAUGCAGCAUCGACACCAACUCUCAUGUCGUCUAGAUCAAGUCCUCGAAGUCACAAUAAGAGUGUUCUCGCUCUUAUCUUGCAGCAAAAACCCUACCUGCCAUCUAUGACAAGUGCCAGCAAGGAGUACACAAAAACUGAACAACCUUCAGGACAUCACAUCCGAUACAAUCUCGUGUAACCAGGACAGAC